GUCAAUGCGAAAAAUUAUUACAGUUCAAAUUUAAAGCUAAGCAUUAAAAAAAAGUUAGUUUAAAAAUUUUUUUUUAAUAAAACUUAAAAAUGUUUCUUAAAUUUAUCAUAUUCUGCUCAUUGUUUUUAUCAUUUACACAAUGUUAUAAGUUGUCAAAUAAUAUCACAUAUCCAGAUACGUUGUCAAGGGAUGGUGAAGUGUUUAAUUAUAAUAACAAUAGCGUUAAACCGAAAAUCAAUUGUAAUAAAGAGACGAUUACUGAAAUGUUUGUAAAAACAAAAAUUAAGGGCAUUGAAGAAAAUUAUAUUUUGCAAUCCGAUGAAGGAUACUUUGCUGGUGAACAAACAAAAGUUUGGUUAGCAAAUACAAAAGACAAUGACACAAUGCUCUCUAAAAAAUUGUUAGACUACACAUUGCAAGAAAAUAUUAUGAAAGAAGUAAACAUUUCCUUUUACCAGGACCGUAAAAAUUUCAUUGUCGAAAAUGAAAAAGAAGAUUUAGAAUUUACUGAUGAUUCUAACAGUUCGAUGACAACAGAUAAUGAUAAUAUAAUUAAAGAAAGAAUUUUAACUAUUGAAAAAUAUUAUGUUAAUAAAUAUCUAAAUAGAACAUGGGAAGUAAUGAAAGAAUCAACAUUAGGAGUACCAGAUACAGUAUAUCCAGAAAUUUUAGUUUUUGUACAUAAUUCAAUUUUUCGACAAUUUAAUGAAGAUGUUAAAAAAACAGUGGCUUAUAUACUUACUCUAUUUAAUGGAGUAGAUUUAUUAUUUAGAUCAAUGAAAACUCCUAAAAUUCGUUUAAACAUCGCUGGAAUAGUUAUAUUGCAGUUCGCGGAGCAAACACCAUUUAUUGUAGAUAUUGAGACGCUAGAACGUUUUAAUACAUUUCUAUAUCAUCAGAGUCCAUUUAAAAUUCGUGAAAAUUAUGAUAUUGCCGUUUUAAUUGGUGGAAAUCCAUUAUAUAAUUUUUAUUCAAAUAAUACCGGUAUAGCAACUGAACAAGGUGGGGCUUGUACAGAUUUUAUUAUAACUGGAAAAAUUGUUUCAACAUUUAUUGUUUUUGAUGAUACGAUGUUUUCGGGAAUUUCAGAUAUUGCUCAUGAAUUAGCUCAUUUAUUUGGUGUUUAUCAUGAUGGUAUGGGAACGGGAGAUAUUGUAAAUGGACCAGGUGCAGAAAAAUGUAAUUCUGGAAACUAUAUUAUGACAACAGAGAAUUCCAAUGGUAGAAGUUUAUUAUUUUCCAAAUGCAGUGAGGAAAUGAUGUCCUUCUUUUUUAGUCGAGAGGAUGCUAAUUGUCUUCGUAACAAUCCUGCUGUUAAUAGAAAAGAUAAGCAAAUACUAAGAAUAUUGCCUGCUAAAUUUAUGACCAUAAAUGAACAAUGUCACAAAUUAGGAUUUCACGGGGCAUUUAUUAGGGAAAAUAGAUGUGAAAGUAUAACAUGCUAUAUGGACGCUAAAACACAUCUAGUACUAACCGAUUUACCUCUAUUUCCACCUGAAGGAAUCGCUUGCAAUUCAAAUAUGUACUGCAUAAAAGGAAAAUGUACCCAAGUGAUUAAUGAAAACAAUAUUGAUCUAAAUCUCUUUUUCCCUCCAUCAUAUUAAUAGAAAAAUUUGUAGUUUUUAUAUUUCAUAAAAUACCUGUAAUUCUCAGAAUUAAAAAAAUUUAUUUCAAACCUAUUAA